CCCGCCUCGAUCCCUCGCCAGAAACGCUCUUAAGCAAAUGAAAGCAAAUGCACCUCUGCCCGACAAUGAGGAAGUAUUGCUCAGCUGAAACCCGGCGCUGAAGAAAUAGCUGGGGCUGUGAAGCAGAAAAUGAGGAAGCGAGCGCUCCAGUCAUCCUGAACGGAUCUGGGGCUUUAGCGGGGGCCCAGCAGGCGUGGCAGAGCAGAGAAGGGCGCCUGGGUUUCGGAACGAAGAGUUCAGCUUUCCGGCCCUGGAGCUGGCGCUGAAGCAGGAGAAGCGCCCGUUGCAGGAUUUCACCCGGGUGGCGUGGCGGGCGCCCGUCUGGGAAGGCCCCUUUCCUCUGGCUGGGAAGGCCAGGGCUCAAAAGGAGAGGCCCCUGGUCGCACUUCCCGAGUUUUCCCUCCCGUCCGUGCCUCUCAGGUUAUGUACUGUACUUUGGUUUAAUUCUGCUCUGCUUUGAGGAUCAAUCAACCAGAAGGUGAGAAACAGCUCACAGAGGCAAGAAGAAGCUAUAUGCACCAUUAUUUCAAAAUGACUGGUGACACAAUGAAGAAGUUAAAGACUGAAUUGUGAAAGUUGAUGACAUAACUGCCAAGUUUACAAAGUAACUACUAUAAAGAAUUAAGAAGCAAAAUAAAAAAUGGCAAGUGUUAAUCCUAUUAGCCACCUCACCUAUUUCUUUGGCAACAUCACCCGUGAAGAAGCUGAAGGUCACCUGAUGCAAGGCGGGCUGAGCAAUGGACUGUACCUACUGCGACAAAGCCGCAACUAUCUAGGUGGCUUUGCUUUGUCCCUGGUUCAUGAUAAUAAAGUUUAUCAUUACACCAUUGAGAGGGAAAUAAGCGGCUCUUAUUCCAUAACAGGAGGAAAAUCCCACAGGAGUCCUGUAGAUAUCAUUAACUACCACUCAGAUGAAGUUGAUGGUCUUGUUUGCCUGCUCAAAAAACCGUGUAAUCGACCACCAGGAGUAGAACCAAAAACAAGUCAGUUUGAGGACUUAAAGGAGAAUCUAAUUAGGGAUUAUGUCAAACGAAAAUGGAACUUGCAUGGGCAUGCCCUUGAGCAAGCUAUCAUUAGUCAGAAACCACAGUUAGAGAAAUUGAUUGCUACAACAGCACACUUGACUAUGCCCUGGUUCCAUGGGAUAAUAUCUAGGGAGGAAUCGGAGCAUCGUGUUCUUCUGGGGACAAAGACCAAUGGGAAAUUUUUAAUUAGGGAAAAAGAGAACCAGGGAUCUUAUGCUCUCUGUCUGCUCAGUGAAGGAAGAGUAAUACAUUAUCGCAUUGAGAAGGACAAGAAGGGAAAACUCUCGAUCCCAGAAGGAAAGAAGUUUGAUACACUCUGCCAGCUAGUGGAACAUUAUUCCUACAAAGCAGAUGGACUUCAAAGAAUCAUCACAGAUCCAGUUCCAAAUCCUCACCCAACAAAUGGCAUAUUCUUCCCACCAUGUCAUACGUUUCUUGGCAACAAGACUUGGUCAACAGGUGGAAUUAUCACCAGAAUCAAAUCAUACACUUUCCCAAAGCCAGGAAGCAAAAAGCCACCUUUACCUGUUCCUGGCCGGAAUGAUGAUUCUGCAUUACCUUCAUCAUCAUCAUCAUCAUCUAUCGCCUCUCCAUACAACCCUUAUGUGCCAUCACAGAUAAAUCAAGGUGAUCAGAGGUUGCCCAUGGACACUGAGGUCUAUGAGAGUCCAUAUGCAGACCCAGAAGAGGUAAAAGCUAAAAAUGUUACCCUUGACCGAAAUUUGCUGACCCUAGAAGAGGAAGAACUUGGUUCUGGUAAUUUUGGCACUGUAAAAAAAGGCACCUAUGAAAUGAAAAAGGGAAAGAAGACAGUGGCUGUGAAAAUUCUCAAGAAUGAAGGCAAUGAUCCCUCCAUAAAAGAUGAACUGCUAAGAGAAGCAAAUGUAAUGCAACAGCUGGAUAACCCUUAUAUUGUCCGAAUGAUUGGCAUAUGCGAAGCUGAGUCCUGGAUGUUAGUAAUGGAGAUGGCUGAACUUGGCCCCUUGAAUAAAUAUCUGAUAAAACACAGAGAUGUUACAGAAAAGAAUAUUAUAGAACUGGUUCAUCAAGUUUCCAUGGGGAUGAAAUAUUUGGAAGAAAACAACUUUGUGCACAGAGAUUUAGCGGCAAGAAAUGUACUACUGGUUACACAACAUUAUGCCAAAAUCAGUGACUUUGGACUUUCAAAAGCUCUCGGCUCUAAUGAUUAUUAUAAGGCAGAACAUUAUGGGAAAUGGCCAGUCAAGUGGUACGCUCCAGAAUGCAUGAACUUCUUCAAAUUUUCAAGCAAGAGUGAUGUUUGGAGUUUUGGUGUAUUAAUGUGGGAGGCUUUUUCCUAUGGACAAAAGCCGUACAAGGGUAUGAAAGGUGGGGAAGUUGCUCAGAUGAUUGAAAGAGGAGAGCGAAUGGAAUGUCCAGCAUCCUGCCCACCUGAGAUCUAUGAGUUAAUGAAAUUGUGUUGGACGUAUGACGUUGAAAAUCGGCCAGGAUUUUGUGCAGUGGAGUUCAGGCUACGCAACUGCUACUAUGACAUUGCACAAUAAGAGCAUUGCAUACUUAAUACUGAUGGUUGUAAAAGGAGAUGCCACACAGGAAGCAGAUAGCAAGGACGAAGAUGCUCACCAGCCAAAUAUUUGUGAAAAGAGUUUUGCUGUGGAAUUGCCUUUGCUGCUUUUCCACAUUUAAAGGAUCAUUUUCAAAGUGGGGUUCCAGUUGUUCUUUGGAUAUUAGUUAUGCUUUUAACCUAUUGACUCUGGACUUGUAUGGAUUUUGUUGGGCAUCUGGAAAACCAAGUGGACUGUCCCCAGAUAUUUUUCCUGUUCUCAGUAGAAUACCUGUAAUGCUGUUAAGAGAUCUUUGGCACCUUAUUUGCUUCUAUUAAGUAAGAUAUAUUGAUACUGCCACAUUCAUAGCCUUUCCUUGGGACUGAACACAGAGAUUGAUUUUGGACCAGAACUGAGCCUGUUUUAAGUAGCAGAGCUCAACCUUGGUCUGUGUUUAAUGAGUUACCAAUGCAAAAUACAUAAGAAACACAUAGUUUAUGUGCUGAACAAGAGCCUUGCCUUGGCCUCCUUCAUUGUUAAGUCCUACUUUACAGAGAAAUCUAAUUAUUCCGCAGACUAUUUUCCACAAGAGUAACUUAACCACAUCCUCUACCUUGAUCUGUAUAACUAAGGCUGCAAUAACUAAGGGCAUUUACUUGAGGGCUGAAUCCCAAUGAUUGACUUCUGAGUAUACAUUUUUGUUAUGUCCUGGUAUACUGUAAAUCACUUUCAUAGUAAGAAUAAAAUACAUGAACUAGCACCAGCAGUGCAGCUCAGUUGUAACUAGUAUUAUCAGGCAUUGUAACCACAAAUCCAGUGUAUUGGAAUUGGUAUCUUUUAGGGGUAUUAGAUGUGAAAAUCCCAUCAUGUAGGCUGUUGAAUAGUACUUCCAUGGGAAGACACACCAAUCGAUGGGCAUCAUAUUUUGAAAGCCCUUUACCAUCACUAACAUUUCCAGAUGAGCCCUAUACAUCCAGGAGUUGCUGACAUUGAGAGCCUGGAUGUGAUUGAAUCCAUGGAUACAGCAAGACCCUUCAGGUUGAAGCACCCACUAUGCAGAAAUCCUUUUCCAUGGCUCCCAUGUGUAUACUUUGUAGCAUUUUAAAUUGGCCCUCAUAAUCUGCAUUGUUUAUCUCUGCAAUAGAGGCUGGCAGACAGAAGAAGCACCUCUGAAUUUCCUUUCCACGACUAGGGCCCCUAGAUUUACUGGAUGGGAGACCAGAGCAAAGAAGUUCCUGGAAUGCUUGACCGUAAGCAAUGCCAGAUCCAUUCUGCAGCUUUCCACUGAGCUUACUGAAAUGACUUCUUACCUUAAUUGUGUCCCUGUGGUCCAGCAACUGAAAUUAUCAAGGGACUGCAGGAACUCCCCUAUGAGGAAAGGUUACAACAGUUGGGGCUUUUUCAUUUAGAAAAAAAGGUAAGGGAGAACACACAUGAUAGAGGUAUGUAAGAUCAUGCAUGGUGUGAAGAAAGUGGAUACAGAUGUUCUCUAGUAUUAUGAGAGAGGGAGAAAAACAGGGCCAUCCAACAGUCUUAACACAGCACAUAGUUGAACUAUGGAAUUCCCUUUCACAGUAUGAACUGAUGACCACCAACCUGAAUGGCUUUAAAAGAGGAUUAGAAAAUUCAUGGAAGAUAAGGCUAUGUUCGAUCUCCACCAUCAGAUGCAGCAUGCCAGUUGUUGGGAAUCGCAUGCAGGGAGAGUGCUGUUGCACUGCUUGCAGCCUUCCCAUAGUCAUCUGUUAGGCCACUGUAAGAACAGGAUGCUGGACUAGCUUGGCCUUUGGUCUAAUCCAGAAAAUGGAAAGUCGUCUAUUCAAGCACUGCUACAGAAUGUAAGCUAAUACUGAACAAGUAGAUUCAGAAAUCUUAGCAAAAUGCCCUUUAAAAUAGUGGUUUUUUUAAAAAAUGAAGUUCUAUUAUUGUCUGUUUAUGUACAGAAAAUACUUCUCCUGUAUUUCCUAUUGUCUACAUUUUGAUUUUGAAAAACAAACAUUGGUUUACCAAAUUUUUCUGGCUGUUCGUUUUCUUUCAUCUAAUUUUUCUGCGCCCUUGUUCAGUGCCAAUUUAUACCACAGUAAAUUCAAUGGAUGGUGAUGAGGGUUGCAUUAGGAUCAUGAUAUUUCAUGUUUGCAUGGUUGUGAUAGCCCUGCCUGUAGUUUGUACAACUCCAGGACUAGAAUGUCCCACAGCUGCCUCUACCUUUGUGGUUGGUUGAUGAACCACUUCUAAUGAGGUUUGUGGACUAGAUCCAGAGGGGGAGCAGGAAAGUAGCUAAAAUGCAGUCCUCAGGAAAUGUCUUCUUCAGUACACCAAGAUUAUCCACCUGCAUUGUGGUUCUGUGAGAGUUCAGAAUAAGUUCAGCCUUUUGUGGCUGCAAAAAUCUGCUCGACAGUGUGUAAACUCAGAAAUUUAGAAACCAAAGAUGUAACUGGAAUCCUAGGUAGAUCCCUGAUACCAAGUGAGACCACUGGUCAUAAGAACAUAAGAACAUAAGAACAUAAGAAGAGCCUGCUGGAUCAGGCCAGUGGCCCAUCUAGUCCAGCAUCCUGUUCUCACAGUGGCCAACCAGGUGCCUGGGGGAAGCCCGCAAGCAGGACCCGAGUGCAAGAACACUCUCCCCUCCUGAGGCUUCCGGCAACUGGUUUUCGGAAGCAUGCUGCCUCUGACUAGGGUGGCACAGCACAGCCAUCAUGGCUAGUAGCCAUUGAUAGCCCUGUCCUCCAUGAAUUUGUCUAAUCUUCUUUUAAAGCCAUCCAAGCUGGUGGCCAUUACUGCAUCUUCUGGGAGCAAAUUCCAUAGUUUAACUAUGCGCUGAGUAAAGAAGUACUUCCUUUUGUCUGUCCUGAAUCUUCCAACAUUCAGCUUCUUUGAAUGUCCAUGAGUUCUAGUAUUAUGAGAGAGGGAGAAGAACUUUUCUCUAUCCACUUUCUCAAUGCCAUGCAUAAUUUUAUACACUUCUAUCAUGUCUCCUCUGACCCGCCUUUUCUCCAAACUAAAAAGCCCCAAAUGCUGCAACCUUUCCUCGUAAGGGAGUCGCUCCAUCCCCUUGAUCAUUCUGGUUGCCCUCUUCUGAACCUUUUCCAACUCUAGAAUACCCUUUUUGAGAUGAGGCGACCAGAACUGUACACAGUAUUCCAAAUGCGGCCGCACCAUAGAUUUAUACAACGGCAUUAUGAUAUCGGCUGUUUUAUUUUCAAUACCUUUCCUAAUUAUUGCUAGCAUGGAAUUUGCCUUUUUCACAGCUGCCGCACACUGGGUCGACAUUUUCAUCGUGCUGUCCACUACAACCCCGAGGUCUC